CGCUCCCGCCUGCGGAUUUGUCUCGCUCCCUUACCUGUGACGGCGGUCGACCGCCUAAUGUGUGAUGGACUCCGCCUCUGCGUGCUCCAGCUUUCAGUCGGACCUGGAUUUCUGUCCGGAUUGCGGCUCGGUCUUGCCUCUGCCUGGAGCUCAGGAAACCGUCACCUGUGUUCGCUGUGGCUUUGCCAUCAACGUGCUGGAUUUCGAAGGAAAGGUUGUGAAGACCUCAGUUGUGUUCAACAAACUGGGGACAGUCAUGCCUGUGUCCCUUGAGGAAGCCCAGGAGUUCCACGGACCCUUGAUUGACAGGCGCUGCCCUCGAUGUGGCCAUGAGGGGAUGGCGUACCACACCAGACAGAUGCGCUCGGCCGAUGAAGGACAGACUGUCUUCUACACGUGUACCAACUGCAGGUUCCAGGAGAAGGAAGACUCUUAAUGUGUUGUUGUUGUUUGGGGGUAGAGGAGAUGGUUGAACAAUCCCCUUCCUCUUUCCCAUGGAAGGUGUGGGUUCUCAGAUCCCUUUUCCAUCCCUUCUUUGCAAUAUUUUGCUUCAAGAGGAGAAUUGAAUUUCUGCAUGAGGAUUACCACGGUCUGCAAGUUACUCCUGUCUUUUAAUUGAAGUUCUGUCCUUAUUAAAGUUCUAUUUUUCUAUAAGAUCUGGGCAUGUGUUAUUU